AUGACGGCCCGAAUCUCCUUCGCGGGCGAGAAAUCCGGCUCGGUACCGGGCUUCCGCUCAAGCACGCCCUCCGAAACAUCCCUCACCCCCGCCGCAGUCGACCCAGAAAGUCGAGCCGCCACCGACACCGCCCAGCGGCCGUUAAAACCCUCCGCUCCGGGCCCGGUCCCCGACGGCGGCCUCGAGGCCUGGUUCCAGGUCCUCGGCUCCUGGGUCAUCCUCGCGCAAACCUGGGGCCUCGUCAAUGCCUUCGGCGUCUACCAGACCUACUACGAGCGCACUCUCAAUGACGUCGCACCCUCGGCAAUCUCCUGGAUCGGCUCCCUGCAGGGUGCCCUCCUGAUGAUGGUCGGGCCCAUCUCCGGACCCCUUUACGACGCCGGAUACUUCCGCGAGCUUCUCUGGGCCGGCAUGUUCCUAAUCCUCUUGGGCAUGUUCAUGACGUCCCUCUGCACUGCCUACUGGCAGGUCCUCCUCGCGCAGGGCGUGUGCGUCGGUGUCGGCUGCGGCCUGGUCUUCCUCCCCUCCACCGCGAUCCUCAGUCAGUACUUUGACAAGCGACGCGCACUCGUCAUUGGCAUUGCGGCGACGGGGUCACCCAUCGCGGGCAUGACCUUCCCGAUCCUCUUCGGCCACCUCGAGCCCAAGAUCGGCUUCGGCUGGUCCACCCGCAUCAUCGCCUUCAUCCUACUGGGCCUCUCCAUCAUCCCUGCCGUCACGAUGCACACUCGCCUCCCGCCCUCGGGCCACAAGCGCUCGCUCAUUGACCAAACGGCCUUGCGCGACCCGGCCUUCAUGCUCGUCGUGGUAGGUUCUUUCAUCGGGUUCCUAGCCAUGUAUGUGCCGUACUUUUACAUCCAACUCUUCGCCGUCAACCAUGAUAUUGGCCCGUCGGAUUUUUCGGCCUACUUUGUCACUCUCCUCAGCGCCGGGAGCAUCCCGGGCCGUGUGAUACCAAACUAUCUGGCAGACAAGGUCGGUGCGCUGUACAUGCACAUCGCCGUCGCCGCGGGCUCGGCGGUCCUCAUGUUCGCGUGGCUGGGGAUCCGCAACAUGGCGGGUCUCAUCGUCUUCGCUAUCCUAUAUGGCCUCUUCUCCGGCGGCUUGGUGAGCAUCUCGCCGACAGUCGUUGUCAGCCUCUCGCCGGAUCUGAGCCGCGUGGGGACGCGCAUGGGCAUGAUGAACUUCAUCGCGGGCAUCGCUAUCCUUGUCGGUACGCCGAUUGCCGGAGCUAUCCUGGGCGACUACGGCGAGGUGGCGUGGCAGUCCAUGAUCGGGUACGGCGCCGCAGCUUUGACGGUCGGCUCGAUGUGUCUGACUUUGGCAAAGAUCUUCCAGUUGAAGACGGCUCGGAGUCUAAAGGACUGA